AUGGACGUCAAGUUUGCGCCUGCGAAGCGCGUCGCAGGGCAGAGGCAGGAUGUCUGGUCCAUCGUCAAUGAGGCUGCUGCUGUGUCGCCCAUGCAGCCGAUUGUGAACAUGGGCCAAGGGUUUUUUGGCUACAAUCCUCCCCAGUUCAUCAUUGACGCUGCGAAGAGUGCUCUUGACCGAGUAGAGUGCAAUCAAUAUUCCCCCACAAAGGGCAGGCCGAGGUUGAAAAAGGCGAUUGCCGAUGCAUACUCACCUUAUUUCGGCAGAAGGUUAGAUCCAGAAACCGAAAGGACAGGCAUGUUGAGCGCAUUCAUGGGUUUUAUCGAACCGGGGGACGAGGUCAUCAUCUUUGAACCGUUCUUCGACCAGUAUCUCAGCAAUAUUGAGAUGCCUGGCGGAACAAUCAGAUAUGUCCCUAUGCACCCGCCUGCCGACGGCGCGGAGCGAACAUCCUCCGCCGCGAAUUGGACCAUUGAUUUUGACGAGCUGGAAAAGGCAUUCAACCCCAAGACGAAGAUGAUUGUCUUAAACUCACCGCACAACCCGGUCGGGAAGGUCUUGAACAAGGAAGAGCUAACACGGAUCGGCGACCUAUGCUUGAAACAUAAAGUCAUCAUCUUGUCAGACGAGGUAUAUGACCGAUUAUACUACGUUCCUUUUACACGAAUAGCCACGCUCUCUCCCGAGCUCGCCAAAAUAACACUCACGGUGGGAUCGGCGGGGAAGAAUUUCUACGCGACGGGCUGGCGCGUAGGCUAUCUGAUCGGCCCGCCAGAGCUGAUCAAAUACGUGGCCGCGGCACACACAAGAAUCUGCUACUCAAGUGUCUCGCCUUUGCAAGAGGCUGCCGCGAUUGGAUUCGAACAGGCGGAUAAAGUUGGAUUCUGGGACCAACAAAUCACCGAGAUGAAGGGCAAAAUGAACCGCUUCUGUCAGAUCUUCGAUGAACUGGGCAUCCCCUAUUCAGUUCCUGAGGGUGGCUAUUUCGUGCUCGCUAACCUGUCAAAGGUCAAGCUCCCCGAAGGCUACAAAUUCCCGGACCAUGUCAGAGACCGACCGCGGGAUUUCAAGAUGUCGUGGUUUUUGAUCAUGGAAUUGGGGGUUGCGGCGAUUCCGCCGAGUGAGUUUUAUACAGACGAGAGGGCACAUUUGGCGGAGGAUUGGAUGCGGUUUGCGGUCUGUAAGAACGAUGAUGUGUUGGAGGAUGCAAAGGACCGAUUGAGGGGCCUAAAGAAGUAUAUGAUCUGA